CAGGACUUCCGUGGCCCCAGACUUUUCCUUCGGCUUCCUGCAGAAAUGGCAGUGGGUUCGGGGCUAGUGGACUGUCAUUGCCAUCUCUCCGCCCCGGACUUUAACAGCGAUCUGGAUGAUGUGUUGGAGAAAGCCAAGAAGGCUAAUGUUAUAGCCCUUGUGGCAGUGGCUGAACAUGCAGGAGAAUUUGAAAGAAUUAUGCAACUUUCCGAGAGAUUUCCUCUUUAUUUAUUGAGAUACCCUGGAUUCAUCCUGCCAUGUCUGGGAGUUCACCCAGUUCAAGAACUUUCACCAGAAAAAUCAAGAAGUGUGACAUUAAAGGAUUUGGAUGCAGCUUUGCCUAUUAUUGAGAAAUACAAGGAUCGGUUGUUGGCAAUUGGAGAGGUGGGGCUAGACUUCACCCCCAAAUUUGCAGGCACUGAUGAAGAGAAGGAAGAACAAAGGCAGGUCCUGAUCAGACAGGUCCAGUUGGCCAAAAGACUGAAUGUGCCUUUAAACGUGCACUCACGCUCAGCAGGAAGGCCCACCAUCAACCUCUUGCGUGAACAAGGCGCUGAACAGGUCCUACUGCAUGCCUUUGACGGUCGGCCGUCGGUGGCCAUGGAAGGAGUAAGGGCAGGUUACUACUUCUCGAUCCCACCGUCCAUUGUAAGAAGCGGGCAGAAGCAGAAGCUUGUGAAACAGUUGCCUUUAAGCUCUAUCUGCUUAGAGACAGACUCCCCUGCACUGGGACCAGAAAAACUGACCCGGAAUGAGCCCUGCAACAUUUCCAUCUCAGCAGAAUUCAUUGCCCAGGUGAAAGGGAUCUCAGUGGAAGAAGUUCAAGAAGUGACGACACAGAAUGCCUUAAAACUGUUUCCCAAGCUUCAGGACCUGCUCCAGAAAUAGCUUCAAAACCUCCUGCCCACGGCCAGGUCAGCUCAGGACAGCAGGGGGGGACAAGUGUUUGCUUGAAUGGUCUCAAGUGAAGAAGCCACUUAUGUGGGCAGCAGUCAGUUUUACAGAAAUGUUUCUCUUAAAAACAAACUCUGGGCUGGUGAGAUGGCUCAACUAUUAGGUGUGCUCUGGAAGAGAGGACUCCCGCGGUUCCCUGCACCCACACUGGGUGGCUUACAACUGCCUGCAACUCCAUCCAACUCCAGAAGAUGCAACCCCCUCUUCUGGCCUCCUCUGCCACUAGCACACGUGUGGCAUACCCCUAAACAGACACACAUAAACAUAAAUAAAAUAAUAAUAAUAAUGAUAAUUUCUGGGGCUGGAAAGAUGGCUCAGCGGUUAAGAGCAUUGCCUGCUCUUCCAAAGGUCCUGAGUUCAAUUCCCAGCAACCACAUGGUGGCUUACAACCAUCUGUAAUGAGGUCUGGUGCCCUCUUCUGGCCUUCAGGCAUACAUACAUUUAGACAAAAUAUUGCAUACAUAAUAGAUAAAAUAAAAAUAAAUAAAUUUUUUUAAAAAGACCAUUUGCCUAACAUGUCUGUAGAGAACAGCAAAAGCAAACACUUUGAAAGAUUUGUGAAAUUAAAAAAAAAAUAAUUUCUGAAAACUUUUUUUUUUUUUUUCUUUAAAAAUAGAGGAGUUUGGCAUGGCUACUGAAACUCUGGGUUCCAACUUUCAAUCAGCUGAUCCAGGAGUAGACUGGGAAAACCUCACAUACACACUAACUUCUGGACUGACUGCCCACUUAACGGGAGAAAGCCUCAAGGAGCCACUUUCUCCCGGUUAACAAUAAGCUUGUAGAGGAUCCAUGGAUUUUUUACUUUGAAUAUGUAAUAAUUAGCGUGUGCAUGGAGAAUUUGAUACACUUCAGAUGUGGUCACUAUGCCUCUGGCGUGAUUCCUAGCUGAGGCGCCCAUGCAGGAGGGAACCAGGUCUGAGUUGUGCAGGGAAGGGGGCCUUUUCCAGAAGAAAGAGCAGUUGUGAGAGCCCUGAGAUACCCACCCUUUAAAGAGACAAGCUUCACUGUGUGGCCUAGGCUGACCCAGCUUCCCAAGCAGCUGCACCUGAGCCCCACACCGCAGCACCUGGCUAAGUAGUAAAAGCUUACCUUCGAGGAGGUGAGCAGACCUCUGUGAUGCAGGCUGGAGAUAUUGGCUGUUGAUGGAGAAGAUUACAGGAGAAAAGAGACUGACCCAGCUUGUGCAUACACCUGUUAAUUGAUCCUGGAAUCGGGAAGCCUGUCAUCUGUGCUUAAGCACUGAAGUUAGGGCACCUUGAUUUGGCCCAGGAUGAUGGGCUGGAAUGGGGUGAUGGUAGCCAUUGUGAUAGGGUACUAGUCCUGGCAUCUGGGUGAAGAUAUUUUUAAGACUGUAAUGUUUACUUCAUCUGCUGCUUGGUCACAGUGCCUGUGGCAGUUGUUCUCACAGAUGCUGACAGGCAUCCCACAGAGAACACCGUGAACCUCUAGGUAACACGCUUCCAAGUUCCAGGACUUCUCAUCUGGGGGAGUGAGUUUACAUCAAAGGCUAUUGGUAGCCACUCAUCCCGCUCCCUCCCCUCCCCUGCCUCCUGCCUGUGAAUCGGAGCCUGACUACGGUCUUGUAUGGUCUUGUACUGUGAAACCUCCACUUCUGCGGGUCCUAGUUCCUCCUUCAGAGCCCCCACCAUGUUAUCUGAACUUUCCUCAGAAUCCCUGCCAUGCUGUUGUCUGUCCUGACAUUAAUACCCCUUUUAUUAACAGCACCAGUCUGUCCCAGUGUCCCCGGGAACCCCCAUUCAAGACCUUUCGUUAUUCUAGAGACACUUGUACUUUCUCCUUUUGGUUGGCUGUCAGAAAUUAAAACAAGGAACUAGAAUUUCCCCAGAAAUCACAAGCUUAUAGAAAGGAGACUUUAAUCUGGUGCCAGCUAAAGGAGGACCUUGUCUCGCAAGAAGAGACUAUACAGGUCUGACAACUUACCAGGUCGCCUUCCGGGACAGAUCAGAACCUGGACACUGAUGUGCCAACCAUGGCUGACAGUACCUCUUGACAUACACUCCCUCUGUUUAAAUCUGAACCCCGUGCACAUAUCCUGAUGAUGGCCUCUUGACUUCCUCCCAAUGUGGCCACAGCAAAUUGUUUUUCAUUUCUGUCCCCCACCCCCAACCCCCUGAAAGCCUGGCAAGCCUGAAACUCACUAUGUACACCACCCAGGCUAGCCUUUGAACUAACAGACAUCCGUCUGCCCCUGCCUGCUGAGUGCUGAGAUUAAAGAUGUGUGCCAGCACCCAGCCUGGAACAACGGUUGAGGUCCAGACUGCUCUGUAACUGGUCUCACAGGCUCCUGGAGAAGGAAGAGCCUACAAAGGGGGUUAUAAUUCCAAAAUUCAGCAAAAUCUCUAAGAGAAAUGUGCAUAUUCUCUGGUCUCUGCUCCUGAGUAGAGUCUUUUCUACUCAAGGAAAAGUACAAACGAGUAAGGGCUUUUAUGUCUGAGUAUCCUCACACAGCCCAUUCAUGCUGAGGAAUCAAGCCAGGCCUUGUUUUGACCCGGGCCCUUCUUGUCCAGAGGCCUCCUUAGCUGGUCACUAUCUAGUUGGUUUUGUUUGGCCUCUGGCUCUGCCAUCCCGUCUCUCUGAGCACACUGCGGUGCUGAGAAAGGACACGUAAGUCUGUCGGAGCUUAGAGAGGAAGUUCCCACUGUCCACGGCUCUAGUUACAAUGCUGCAACCACUAAUGUUCAUCCCAGAGAACUGGGGAAGCAGCAGGAAUCCUGCGUGCAUGUUAGUAGGCUGAACUGAGGGCCCGCAGGAAGCCAGGGCAGAAAAGAAACGCCUGUUACCACAUGCUGACUGAGGGAACACUGACCUAAAGGGAGCACUCCCAGGAGGUGAGAAUGUCUGCUGUUUCAGGUAGGGUCAGAGUUCAAAUACAACUGUACUUCUGAGUUUCUGGCUUUACCUCAAGACUGCUAUAGGGUACACAGGGCAAAGUAGAAGUAUGUAAUGGGAAGGGCUGAGGGAAGGUAUUAGGAAGGAGGUAGGAUUUAAACCACAGGAAGGCGAGGGAGCCAGAGAAUUGCAGCCAGUUUUAAGAAGGCAGAACCACACCUACAGGAAAGGCGGGAUGGGGCCAGGGAAGGGAGGCUGUGUGUAACCUGGCAUUCGUGGCUCUGUGCUGACGCCUAAAGAAUAUUGAGCCUUGUCAUCUCUAAUGGGGCUGCUUAGGGUACAAACUGUAGGUAUGGCCUCUCGUUCCUGUCCAGGCAGGGAACAGAAGCUCUGAUAGUCUUAGUACCAGGUGACCACCUCAGAAGACAGAGAUAAGGUCUCCCUCUGGACCUGAGGUAGGCCUCGUUACCUGGUACAAUAAAGAUAAAGUCUCCUUAUCAGCAAAGGCUGGGCUGUUUAUGCUCAGCGGGAUCCUCUACUGUGCAACCCAAACCUGUGUGUCUCUACCUGGAGCUUUGCCUAGCCCUGAGGGUCCUGAGGCAGUGGGCUGGAGGUCAGAGAAUUAGCUAGAGCCAGAGUUGUCUUGCUGUGAACCAAGAGUUUCAUCUCUUCUGUCGGUACCCAGGUUCAUCAAAGUAGGAGGCCAGCCUUCAAGGUUCUUGAAACCAGCUAUUUACUGUUGGGAAGGGAAAGGUUAGCUUUAGUCUUAUUUUGUUACAUGUCUCCAGCCCUUUUAGGGACAAGGACAUGAGACAUGACCCCAGCUGGCCUGAAAUUCACUGUCUUCCUGAUGUUGAGGUUACAGGCGUUCACCAUGACACCAGGUCAGUUUCUUUUAUGGUUAGUAUUUCUAAGUAAUUCACAGACAUUGAAGACUGAUGGAAGAGAAUUUAUUUGUGUGUCUCUGGGCAUGUACUUUAUCCAAAUAUGGCAUUAUCUGAAAGAUAAAAAAUACAUUUAUUGGGCUAGUGAGAUGGCUCAACCACUAAAGGCUAGCCUAGCAAAACAUCAAAAAGAUACAUUUCAGUAAUCUAAUCUAUUGCAGUUUUUAGAAUAACCUGAAGGGCAGAGACGAUCAUUACUCUUUCACUUCUUCAUUCUCAUGUUGGGAUUAACAGUGGACACACACAUACGCAGAGAGACAGACAGACACACAUGUACACACACAGAGGGACAGACAAACACACAUACAUGCACACAUACACACAGAAAGAGAGACACACACACAUGCACACACAGAGAGAGACAGACAGAGACAGAAAGGCAGGAAGAGGAGCUUGUGCCAAGUCCCUGAGGCGGGAGCCAGCUCUGCAUGUCCCAGAAGAGAAAAAAAAGCAAAGCGAAGA